UAAAUAUUGUAGUGAUGUAUCAUCGAUUUUCUUUGGUAUUUUACAAAUCUUCCAAUGCGUAGAGCUUACAGUCUGCGUACGCCUUAUCUCCUGCAACCAUAUCUAUACAGUGGAAACUGCAGUGCAUAUGUUAGGAUCAAAAAGAAGUAUCGUUUAAAGUUUAACGUAUUGUAUUACAUUUUAAAUUACAUGGAAAUGAAUUUUUGGUUAAUGAUUUCGUUUAGUGAAAUAAAGUUUUUAAACUUAUUAGGAAAAGUAUCAUGAAAAAAUAAUGGUUGUUAUUUAUGGAGUAAAAUCGUUCAAAUGUAAAGUAAAAUUUUUGAAAUAUUUCUAACGAUGUGAAAGAUGAAAUAUUUUUAACAGGGAUAAACUGUGAAUAUCAGAAAAACCGGUGAUCGAAUAAACGUGUAAAUAGUCGAAACAUGCAGAUGCUACGGUAGCAAUAUUUCAUUCUUAUUAAGGAUAGGUAUUUAGUACGGUGACAUUGUGUACAUAGAUAAGAAAGUCUUCGAAAUCGUUUGUACCCUGUUUCGUUCAGUCAAAAACCAUCCAGCCGACUGUCAUAUACUGUAUAAAAUUUAUUAAUUAUAUCCACAGUUCCUCUAUCUAUCAAUUGGAAGAAAUUGAAGACUUUCAGCUGAUUUGAUAAGAAUAUGACGGUAGUUACGAGUAAUGGAACAACCACAAUGGAUCCAACUACGACCGUCUUUACCGAGAAUGAAAAGAAACUUCAAAGUAACGCUUUGUUACCCUACAAGGGAGGAGAAGAUGAAGAUGACGAUGAUGAAAUUACAUUAGAAGACUUGGCUCCAGAUGGUGGCUGGGGGUGGAUGGUAGCUUUUGCUAUGAUAGUAGUAUUUAUUACAACAUUUGGACCAACUACAUCAUUUGCAAUAAUAUUUGGAGACUUUCUUGAAGCAACUGGUCAAGCUGGCACAACAAUGACACUUUUCAAUUCUGUUUUUAUGAUUACAUUUUCAAUUGCUGGUUUAAUGACCAACUCGCUAAUAAAGAGAUAUUCUAUGAGGCCAGUGGGGGUAUUUGGUGCGGUGCUCUUCUCGUUACCAAAUGUCUGUCUGGCUUUCGUUACAAAUGUCUACGAAAUGGCCUUCUUAAAUUUUCUCCAAGGAAUGGGUCUUGGUCUCAUUGUUACCAUUUGCAACACGAACUUCAAUGCUUACUUCGUAAAGAAAAGGGCACCAGUAAUGAGCGCGGCCCAAGUUAUCGUCGGCUUAGGAGGAAUCGCCUAUCCUAUAUGUAUUGAAAAAAUGAUGAGGAUGUAUGGGUUUCGAGGAACAGCAUUGAUGACGGGUGCCAUGAGUUUGAACUGCAUCGUCGGUAUGACAAUGAUGCACCCUGUCGAAUGGCAUGCGAAGAAACCGGAAGAAGUUCGCGUGGAAAAGAUGCGCGAGAGAGAAGAACGGAAGUUGCGCGGUAUAGUAUUCUCAAAUCGUCGUUACAGUGAAGUUAUACGAACUCCUGCAAAAACCAGAUGGAGCAGCUUAACGAGUCUCAAGGGCGAAAGCGGAAAACAGGUUCCGCUUUUAAUUGAAACAUUGAAAUCACCUGCAAAAAGGGUAGCUUCGAUAUCGGAGUUAGAGGGCAGAAUAUGCAACCGAAUAAGAUCUGGAUCAAUGCGCGAGUUGCUAACACGACGACUAUCGACCUUGUCAUCAUCAAGUUUAGUGAAUUUGGUGACAAGUAUUGGCAGUUUAGGAGAUACUAGGCAACAUCAUCCUGAGAAAACUAAAGAAAAACGAACAGAGAAAGGAAUUCAAGUUUCUAUGCAGGAAGAAAAGGAUAUCGGUAAAGGUCAAUUAGAAGAAAUAUUGGGUGAACUUUUGGAAAUCUCACUUUUAAAAAAUUGUGGUUUCCUAAACAUUUGUCUGGGCACUAGUUUCGUUAUGUCGAGCGAUUUCACGUUUACUUAUCUUUUGCCACUGAUGAUAACUAACAAUGGUUACACGAAGAGCCAAGCAGCCCAAGCGAUUACUAUCUCCGCAACCGCGGAAUUGGUAUCCAAGAUUUUACUCACAAUUUUCAUCUUGUUGGUAAAAGUCAAAGCGAAGUACAUGUUCUUCGUCGCUAUGAUCUGCAUGGCGUUCGCAAAAGUUGGAUACUUGCUGUACAAUGAUACCUUGAUCGGUACAUUUGUGAUGAUAACAAUUAUAGGAAUGGUUAGAUCAUGGUUAUUGGUUCCUCAGCCAUUGGCCAUUAUAGAAGAUAUCAGUAUUGAUAAAUUUGCUUCAGCAUACGGAAUUGCUGGCGCUAUUAACGGAGUGAUCUCUAUAUUAUUUGGUCCAAUUGUUGGAUUCCUGAAAGACUGGACCAACAGUUUCGUAGUCUGCCAGCUUGCCCUUAUAUUAAUGAACGUCCUGUUCGUUAUUCCAUGGACAGUACAGUUCCUUUCAGUAGAUUUACCAAAGAGGAGGAAGGAACGGAUGGAUAAAAUUGCUGCCCAAACUUCCGGUUCCUUUUCUACAGAUUGAUGCAAAAGGAGAGAGAGAGGGAGAAAGACCUUGUGUGUAAUACACGUCUUUACUAUUUGAUAGUAGAAACUCUUUUGUACAAAAAUAAAUUUAGAUAUUUUUUUACGGCAAUUAAAAAUAUUUUUUUACAAAAUGUAUUUGUUCGUAAAAUGGAAAUUGUUGUGAAUUGGGGGUUACUACCCAUAGCGCUAAUUAUUGCAGUGUGAGAUACAAUGUACAGAUCUUUACAACGAUAUGUAGUCAUUUAUAUUUUUCAGAUCAUACAUAUCAGUUAAACUUUUUACAUAUCCUAUCGUAAAAUGCUUUACGAACAAUCGGGAAAACCACAAAUUUCAAUUAAUUUAAAUUUGUUAAGUAUAAGCCAUAAUAUUAUAUCGGGUGUACAUAGACAAAUCUUGUAUCCAAUUCUAAGUCUGUCGCGAAUGACACUGGAACGAAUAUUUUAUAUUCAAGUUGUUGCACAUAUCGUGGCAAUUAUUAUUAAAUGUAAAAAUAAGAAAUAAAUGAAGAGAACAUUGUAUAAUAAUCUUUGUGUAUGACUUUUAAAAACGAUUUGUUUUUAACUUUUUUAAUUAUAUAUUAAUUCAUAAUUUGUUAAAUUCGAUUAAAUGUGGUUCAUGAAAAAUAAUAAGAAAAAUUGGAGGAUAAUAUAUGAUAUAUAUAUAAUAAUAUAUCUUAUAUAGCAUAUAUGUAAGUAUAUAUAUAUAGCGAUAGUCACUAUGAAAAACGAAAGAUGAAUUUGGAAUGUGAUAUUUAAUGACAGUUACUUCUUCAUUUAAUAUUACACAUAUUUUUAUACAGUUUUGUAUAAUAUUGUUUACGUCUACAGGGACAACAGGUAAUUUGACAACAUGGUCAGUAGAUGAUGAUUGCCAGUCUAAGAUUAAAAUAACCGUGAACUGGUAGUUCCUCGAAAUGAAUUUUUAUUACUUUAAUAUUUUAUUAUCUCGGAAUUGUAUUUCUAUGCAACAUGCUAUAGAUAGGUCCUUUUUAAGUAUUCUACGUCUUUUCAAGAGUUCAAAAAACAAAAAAUGUUAUGCAAAGUUUUAUUACUAAACCUAGAUAUAAUUUUAACACUUGUGCCAUUUAUAGUAUAUGCAAUCAUUGUACAUAAACAUAAUUUAUUCACACAUAUAAGGAGCCUUGAAUGUUUUUCUUAUAAUAUACCUAUACAUAUCUAUAUAUACCUAAUAUAAUGUUUACUUAUAUCAUAAUCCAUUUUACAUUACUCACAAAAAUGUGUGCAGAUAUUUUGAACAUGUUAUUACUAUUAACGUUAAUAAUGUAGUACGAAUCAUCUAUGAGAACUUCAUUUAAACGAGAACCUCCUGAUCGCUUUUGUUUUUUAUUUUUAUUCGGAAGCCGCCUACUCUUUUGAGAAUAAUGUCAACCUUCAGCCGGAAGUCCUUUUCUGUGAGAUCCGGCAGGAUCUUGUAGUUCUGCAGGAUCGUCGACAAUAAAACCUUUAACUUCAAUAUCGCGUACUUCCUUCUC